AUAUAAAGACAUUGCAUCACAACAUAGCACAUAUAAUUGCUAUUGAAACAAGAUUGCAAUAGUCAAGCACACAGCCACAAUAUGGACGACUUCGGAGGUUACGAUUAUGAAUUUAUAGAUAGUGUUCAAGAUCGUUACAAGUGUACAAUUUGUACUAAAGUAUUGAGAGAUCCUGAGCUAACAGUUUGCUGUGGUCAACACUACUGUGGAACCUGUCUAUUGCAGUGGUUUACGAAACAGCACAAGACGAGUUGUCCUUAUUGCAGAACGGAGGGCUCUCAGUUCCAACAUGUGAAGAACAAGGGAUUAAAGAGUGAGAUUAGCCAGCUCAAGAUUUCGUGCUCCAAUAAGUGCCAUGGCUGUGAGUGGACGGGGGAACUUGGAGAGUUAAGUGAUCAUCUGAAGCGUUCAGGAGAAAGUGGCUGCAGCUAUGCCAAGAUCGAGUGCCCUAAUAAGUGUAGUGUGAAAGUGAUUCGUAUUAACCUAGCAAGUCACAUCAUUACCGAGUGUAGCCAGAGACAAGAAAAGUGUCAGCACUGUGGAAAACAGGAUACAUUUGCAGCUAUUGCAGAGCACAAGAUUGUGUGCCUCAAUUUCCCAUUAGUUUGCCCCAACAAUUGUGACAGCGAUUUAAUUGAAAGAGGAAAGAUGCCAGAGCACUUGAAAAUAUGCCCCAAGCGAAAACAGGAGUGUCCGUUUGAAGUAGCUGGUUGUACAGUCAGCUUGAAGCCAGGAGAUCUAGAGAGACAUAUGGAGAGUAGCAUGAUACAACAUAUGCAAAUGCUUGCGAUUGAACACAAAGAAAUGAAGGAAAAGACUACAAAGAUGGAAAGUGAGCUUAAAAGCAUGCAAGAAAAACAAGCUAAAGAGAAAGAAACUGCCAAAAUGCUUAAACAGUCUUUAAUUUUUGAGCUUAGAGCUUUGGACGGGAGUGUACAUGGUGGCAUGAAAAGUGCAGCAUAUGAAGCUAUUGAGACUAUUCUUGAGGAAGAGAGUGACAUUAUGAACAAGCCUGAGCCGACAGCGUUUCGACUUCUCAACUUCUCCCAACUAGCUAGAUCUAGCACAACAUGGUACAGUGCUCCCUUUACCAUUCAACACUACAAGUUAUGUCUAGCUGUGCAUCCUAGAGGCUUGGGCUCAGGCUUUGAAUCGCAUGCCUCCCUCUCCUUGAUUCUACUGGAAGUCCGUACAGCCACUACGAGUGAGAGCCCGACCUUUAGUAGCCUACUUUCUUCUAUCCACGUGCUUGUUCCAAUGCUAAAGCUUGGUUCUGGGAACUACCAUCGCGUCUAUCUCAGUGGGAUUUGCGGUGCGAACAUUGAUCUUUCUCUUCUGACAGAGGGGGAAGACAAUCGCAUUCUGGGGACUCGAGAGGAAUGGAUUACCCACGAAGCUGUGUCGCAAGGACUGUGGAAUGAUUCAUUGAUUGUCAAGAUCGAGCAAGCAGAGGAAAAACCAUCAUUUGAGGAGAUGCAGGCGGCUUUGAUGAGGCGUGCUAUGAACUCGGGGAGGGCAGAGUGCAAUCCAUCCUAGUUUGCUCCAUGCACGUACAUGCUGGUACCGAACAUAAGCUAUAUAUUACAGCGAAUAGUGUUUACUUAUAAGCCACUUGUAGUGUAUAUAUAAUGUAUGAUUAAUGUAUACAAUGUAGAUCUACUUUUAACGGACACACACAGUUAACGUAUGAAAAUUCCCUGAACAUGUAUCUUUAUGUAUUUUUAA